AUGGGCUGGUUUUGGUUCAACUUGCUGCUUCUCUCUGCCUCGCUUGCACUGCCCACGGAAUCAACGACGACUCUCCGACACACAUCGACGAUCACCGUCGUGCAAACCAUCUACGCCUCUGCGGCAGUCGCGACGGCAACUGCGUCGGUCACCACGGACGAGCAUUCGUAUACGGAUGACGCCGUCUUCGACAACACUGUUCUGGACAUAACCAACACAGUGCGGCAGAACUACAAUGCAAGCGCGCUUUCGUGGAACGACACGCUCGCAGAUUACGCGCAGGCUUGGUCCGAGGGCUGCAAGUUCGAACACUCGAACGGGCCGUACGGCGAAAACCUUGCCGCGACCUACCCCUCGGCUUCGGCCGCCGUCACAGCCUGGGCCAACGAGUCGCAGCACUUCGACUUCGCGGAUCCAGGCUUCACGGAAGCCACGGGCCACUUCUCGCAGAUGGUUUGGAAAGGUACCACGUCGAUGGGGUGCGGGAGGACCAACUGCGGCGGCUCGAGCCAAGGCGACCACGCCAACGGCUGGUAUGUCGUGUGUAGCUAUUGGCCUAGAGGCAACGUCCUCGGCCAGUUUGCUGCAAAUGUCGACGCGGCGGUGGAUGGGAGCGGCAGCUCUUGGGAUGACGAGGGCAUGAUUGCCAAGAGCAAAAGCGGCGUGGCAAGGGUUGGCGUAUGGAGGGCCAUGCUGUGCGCGCAGUCGGUGGCAUUGGCAAGUUGGGCUCUGGCAUGA